AAAAUUCUGAGUUAGUGAUAAACUAAAUAUAAACAUUUAUUUCACUAAUUAGUCUUUAAUGACGUGUGUAAUUCCUUCAGGAGUGAGAAUGACUCAGAACUCACCAUGGAGUCGAAAUGAUGCAAACAAAAUUGUGUGUGUGUGUGUGUGUGUGUGUGUGUGUGUGUGUGUGUGUGUGUGUGUGCAUGCGCGUGAGAUUGUGUUGAUGAUAAAAACCAUCCUCUAAGGAUGUUACUAAGACUACUGUGAACAAACACAACUGUAUUAAAGUUAAAGACACCCUGUAUCAUUCAAAGUGUGUUGAACAGAGCGUGUGUGUGUAUUAAGGUUCUCUCUUGUCAUGGCAGUGGACUUUACUGGGACGUGGCAGAUGUAUGAGCAGGACGAUCCUGAGGAGUUCCUUAAAGCAGUGUCUGUACCACAGCUAAUGGCGAAGAUGAUAAGGGAAGUAAAACCCUUGAUGAUUAUAAAGCAAACUGGAGAUGACUUUGUGGUCUCAGUAAAAACACCUCUGCGAACAAACACCAACUCGUUCACCAUUGGCCGAGAGAGCGAAUUUACCACCAUGGAUCGGGUGAAGACCCGGGCUACACCACAAUUAGUUAAUGGAAAGAUUGUCAUAGACACAGAGAAAGUCACUCACAUGCGGGAGAUCCAGGGAGAGCAAAUGAUUGAGACUUUCACUGCUGGCCCUGUAACCCUAAUCAGAAGAUACAAGAGGAUCUGAAACAGACACACACACACACACACACACACACACACACACACACACACACACACACACAUAUAUACAGAUGGUCCCCGAGUUACGAUGGUCUGACUUUUGAUUUUUCGAUCUUACGAUGACGAGGGCGACAAAAUUGUAAAAAUAUGAAAACCUUUGUGGCAUCGGCAGCAGCGUACGAUGUAGGAUACGUUAGAUGUGCAGCUGUGAUUAACAAAUCUCUCGCCCUAUGAGACUCCCGAAUCUCGCUUGCCCUCAAUGGAGUAAAGUUGUUCAGUGUAUAUUUUAUUCUGUUCCAAACAGCAAUUUUAAUGAUAAAAGCACCAAACACCAAGAACGUCUUCUACUGCUAGUAGAAAAAGAAGAGGGAAGCCAUCAGUUUGGAGCAGAACAUUUAAAUUAUAAAUCAGCAUGAAGCAGGAAAGACUGUGACAAUCAUAGUUCCAUCAUUACAUUACGAUAUUUUGGACUAUUUUUGGCUCGUCGUAACGUAUCUCCAUCGUAAGUAGAGGACGCCCUGUAUAUAAGGGAUGGUAAGAUUGACUCAUUCAUGCAUCAGUAUAAAUGUUAACGAUGUGAUGCAUCAAAGUAAAAAGUGUGCAUCGGAUACAAGUGCAUCGGUUUUACCAUAUUUGCGUCAGUAAAAAGCGAUUUAUUUCUAUAUAAUUAUUAGUAGCUGCACUAUACUUUUAUUAUUUAGAAAGUGACCAAUAAUUUGUGACCAAUAUUUGACAUGUAGCCCGUUCUCUCAGCACCACUGCUGCUAUAAGACGUAUUACAGCACUACGGAGACCGAGGCGUGUCCUGAGAGUCACAUAGAAUACAGGUAGUCCCUGAAUUAUGAUCGACUUACAAUUUUUCUAUCCCACAAUGAUUAUUAUGAUACAACAUAAUUGUUAAAAUAUUUGACCUUUUUGCAUGGCAGGGAAACAUAGCAGUUUUCCAAUCACAACUUAGUGCUUCGCCAUGUGCCCACUGCCACAUACAUAUAUACUGUAUUCUUUAUACAUUAUGGUAGUGUAAAAUUGCUUUUUAUUUCUUCAAAAUUAUGUACUGUAAUGAG